UUGGUCAUCGUUUGGUGGCUUUUCUACAACAGGUGCAACACUGAGCCAAAGUCAGCUGGACGUUCUUUGCCAGUUGUAAAAUUAAGAUUAAGAUAUGUUAGUUUGUUGUGUAAAGUCUAUUAGAUAAGAAUUUAAACAGCCGUCCAGUUGUGUGUGCUGAAAAUCCAAGGCAUCCGGAUUGAACAAAGAGCAGAAUUCUGAAAAUUUGAAGUCUUAAGAGAUCGGUUACCUGCAGCCAAAAUGAAGAACCAAUCACCUUUCUUGAGGCGAGCCUUGCUGCUCCUGGUGCUGGUGGUGUAUGGUACAGAUGCAAAGAUGGAAAUAAUUAACACAAAGCAGGAUGUGUUGGUGGGAGAAGAAUUUUUACUGCUUUGUAAAGCUGGAGGAGAGGGCGAUAUAACAUGGCAGAAGGACGGGGAAGAUAUUGACGAUGGAGACAAGGUGACAACAAUAGAUGAGACCACCUCCCAGUUGUCCAUCAAGAAUGCGACAAUCGAGGAUGCUGGCAAGUACACCUGUUUGUGUGACUUCAGCUCUGGACACAAUGACGAUGUGCAAGCACAGGUGUAUGUUCAUGAUGGUCCAUCAUUUGGUGAAACCAAAACAUACCACGAGUUUCUUGAAGGCAAAGAUGGGGUGGUGCCGUGUCAGGUGACCGGCCGGCCAGCAGUGGAAGUUCAGUGGCUAAGGAAUAAUCAAAAAAUCUCCACUAAAGUUGGAGCUCGCGUGCGUCACAUAAGCGAUAACACGCUCCGUAUUGAGGGUGUGAAAAGGGAGGAUGGUGGGACGUAUGUGUGUCACGCCCAGAUCAAAGGAAGGCCUGUCUAUCAGGAGCUUGCUAUCUCUGUUGUUGUCAAUGUACCUCCUAAAGUGCUUCUAAGAGAAGAGGUGAAAAAAGUGAUGGCUGGAUCAGAGAGCAAUGUUUCCCUGGUUUGUUUGGUGGACGGUCAGCCCAAACCAAAUAUCACAUGGAUCAUGCCGAGAACGUUUGACCCUUCACGCCACCUGUUCAACUCAGACCGCAGUCAGUUGACUAUAUUGUCCGUUGCUCAAGCCGACUAUGGAGAAUAUGUCUGCUCCGCCACCAACAAGAUAUCUGAGGACAGUGCAACCAUCAUGCUUCAUGUGUUUGAGGCUCCAGAGGUGUUUGUGUCAGCAGAGCAGCAGAGUGUGUUAGUGGGAGAGAGAGUGUCCGUGUCCUGUAAUGUGUCCGGCCAUCCCCAGCCUGAGCUGCACUGGCUCAACAAGCACAGUGGACAAACACUGGACUCUGCAUCUGGCCACAUUCGUGUGGUGAAUGGUGUGUUGAUGAUAGAUGAGAUACUGCCCUCUGAUGGCGGACUAUAUUCUUGCAUGGCUGUCAGCACGUCUGGAAAUGCAUCAAGAGAUGUCGCAAUACACACUCAGCCCGGCCCUCCUCUGUACCUGUCAGUCUCACCUGGACCGACCUCAGUCCUCUUCUCCCUCAAAACAAUGCCCGUCAGUGGAGGAACUCCAGUCACAAGCUUUGUCCUGCAGUGGAGGCAAAGUGCAACACAGGAGUGGAAGGAGGUGAAAGUACCCGCUUCAGAUUCCCUGGCUAUCACCGCCCUGAAGCCCUACACUUUGUACACAGUGCGGUUUGCAGCUAUGAACGCUGUAGGACUGGGAUGGUUCUCGGAGACGAAAAGCGUUCGCACCCUGGGAAUACGAGGUGAACCAGACAGUCCAGUCUUGUCCAAUGCCAUUAAAAUAGAGAGCAAUUCCUUCACUCUCCCUCUCAAGCAGAUUGAUGAUGGUGGAAUGCCUCUGCUGCACUUCAGCAUACGAUACAGACAGGAUAAAGAAGGGGCUGAGUGGAAGGAGAUGAAACUGUCAUCUGAAGCCAACACUGUCUCCCUUGAAGACCUGUCCUUCGGGUCAGACUAUCAAAUGGAAGUCAUGGCCGUCAAUGCUAAUGGUUCCUCUAUCCCUGCCAAGAUGAACUUCACCAUCGCAGAAAAGCCUCAGAGCAGCAGCAUGACCAAAGGUAGCGUGGUCGGCAUCGUCAUGGUUAUCUUUCUGGUGGUGUUCCUGAUGGUAGACGCCACCUGCUGCUACAGAAAUCGCUGCGGCCUCCUCAUGUCCAUAGCCGUAAAACUGUUUGGACAGAAGGUUCCGGGCCUCAAAAGGCUUGAGGAUGGAACAUCUAAUGGAGACGUGAAUCUGAAAGGCAUCUCCACUCUCCGAGACAGUAUGCAACAGCUGGGGGUCCAGACAUUCACCAAGGAGGGGGGGCAGCUCACAGAGGUCACCUGCGACAAAGCCCCCCUCACCAAAAAUGAGAAAAUACAAUCAGACAGAAGCCACCCUACUGUUGAAGCAUGAGGCGAAGAAGAGGUAAAACACCAGCAUAAAUCAUGUGAAAAUGUACUGCUAUAAAUUCACAUUCACACGGUCACACCCACUGGCUCAGAAGACUCAAGCAAUUCCUAUGUCGGAUACAACUGCCAUGGAAACGGCCAAAUGUCUGCAACAGAGUGAAAACUGACUGACUUUGUGUGGAAGUGUUUUGUCCUAUCUGGUGUUGAUUAGUACAGGUUUAACUAAGAGUGAAAGGAAAAAAGAAAUCUCCUUUACAGGAUAAUCUUGGUGUCUGUGUUUUACAGGGUAAAAUUGUUGUGACUGUUUGGUUGUCAUUGCUAUUAUUAUUAUUAUUAUUGCCUAUUUUAAACCUGCUUGUUGAAUGUUAUACACAGAAACAAAGUUUUGUCUUAUUUCGCAUUUCUUUAAGCAUAAGAGUGUUUCAAAAUCAUUUCAUUGACAUGUAAAAAUGUGUGGUGUUAUUUUAACUUUCAUGCAUUUGGCUGCUAUGUUUUGUAAAACUAUACAUACUAGAUUAGAUAACAAUGCAUCCUGAUAUUGACCAGUAUUAUCAACCAAUUACAGGGCCUUUCAGCUUAAACUAAAACUAACCUUAAUGACAUUUUUUUAUGCACUGGUAUUUAUUUUUGUUAUUGCAUAAAUAUUCAUCAUGAGAGGCUUUAAAAUUAGAGCCGUAUUUGUAGCCAGUUUUACUAUUCUGCACUUUUUUCUGAUUUUCUUUUUAAACUAACAUUGCACUUAAAAAUAAACUUUUAUUAUGAGGAGAACCCUUUUUAAAGUACCUGUAAUAAUAGACAGUUAUACGUCAAAGUAAGUUAAUCUAUUCUGUUGAAAAAGGUCUGUGUGAAAAAGUGAAAUUUAGGUAUUUAACUCAGUUGCAGCACAUGUUUUUUUUUUUUGCAUUUUUUGUAUCACAAGUUCUUUUUUUACUUCCUUGUUACAUGUAUAUUCCACUGAUCACUGUAAAUGACUGUACAUACA